AUGACCUACCACAGGAAAGAGGCACCUCCCAACGCUCUAGCGAGGAAUCUCGACUAUGUCAACCUCAUCGACAACCACCUUGAGGAGAACAAUAACAUAUACGUCGAGGAGAACAGCACAAUCGCGAAGCCGAAAAGAAAGGGGAAGCGAGGACCUACAUCACAAGAAGAAAAGAAGAGGCAUUCUCAGAAUCGAGCAAACAGGAUCAUCACACGGCGAAUCGAACGAGGAAAAAUGGCCAUCUUUCGUCAAGAGCAACAGGAGAGCCUGGAGAGCCUGAAGCGGAAACGAGAUGAGUGGGGCGACUUUGAGGCCUUUGGCAACAAUGACGACGACAAUAACCAGUAUCCGCGUCGAGCGCGAAGACGGGUUCAAGUAGAGAACGAAUACCCUUGGAUGCGACACGACUAUUCACAGCAAUUGACGGCGAUCGAAAUGUUCACACAGGAAAUCCAGGACUUUGCCGAGUACUUGAAGCCCACGCUCGAGGAACGCGCGAUCAGGAUGUACGUGUUCAAGGCGGUGGAGGAGCUUAUUACUGGCCUGUGGAGCAAGGCCAAGGUGUAUGCCUUUGGCUCCUUCAACACCCAGCUCUAUCUCCCUGGAAGUGAUAUCGAUAUAGUGAUGAUGAUGAAGACGGAGAAAUCAGAAUCAGAAGUGUUGAGGGCUCUGGCGGAGAGGAUCGGGUCUACAAGAUUCGGCAUCAAUGUCGAGGCCCUCCUAGAGACAAAAGUGCCGAUCGUCAAGUUCCAGGAGCGGCGGACAGGGAUUCACGUGGAUAUAUCCUUGAACCAGAAGGAUGGUUUCAAGACAGGAAAUGUUGUUCAACAGUUCCUGAAGCAGAUGCCCGUCCUCCAGCCUAUGACCAUGCUGAUCAAGCAGUUCCUGAAGAGCAGGCCAGCCUCCUUCUGCGAAGUCUUCCAUGGUGGCCUCGGCUCGUUCUCGGUAACGCUGCUGGUGAUGAGUUUCCUACAGAUGCAUCCCUUGGUCCAGGCACGCAGGAUCGAUCCUCUUGCCAACCUCGGCGUGCUGCUUAUCGAGUUCUUCGAGUUAUACGGUCUCUGUUUCAACUACAACAACGUCUUAAUCUCGGUCACACGUGGAGGAUCUUACGCUUACAAAAGUGGCAGCGACAAACCACGGCGUAAGCGACUCAAUCUCACCCUCGUGAGCCCAGUCGAGAGCCAGAACGUAGCCAAGGGAACGAAAAGGAUGGCCUUGAUUAGAGAAUCUUUUGAACUUGCUUUUCAGGAAUUGACGUCCGCUAUUUGCCGCCAGCAAAGGGAACUCGAUCGACAUCCACGACCAACUCUGAGACAGCCAACAAUCUCCAUGUCCUCCAAGACUAUCAGCCACCAGCAUUCGAUGAUCGAGAGGGUAUUUCGGCUGCCGAGUCAAACAGAGACGAAUAGGAGCGAGAUCCGCGCCAUUUACCACGAAGGGUAUUUCCAGCAAAGGUUUGGCGAGUUGGCGCGGGAACCUGGACAGGAUCACGACGACAAAGAUAUGCUGUUGAUUGACCGUGGACUAAGCAAGGCGGCCGAGGAUGCUAUACUUGCAGCCUGUCGACGCCAUUUUCCUCAAAUGGCCAGCCUGACGACCAUCAAGGGAUUUGCAGCUUCGUUCGAGCAAGAGUUGGUGGACGUGGCAACCUAUCUGGAACCGCCGAGGCCAUUGUUGAGCGGAGCAGAAUACGAGUUCAUCAUCGCCGAGAUCGACGUGCUCAGCGCCGUCUUAUCGGCAGCGAAGACAGGAGUGCCGCCGUCAAAGAAGUCAAAUAAGAGACCCGUGACGGACAAUACAAUCAAAUCGGUGACGGCUGAGACGGUGAAGAAGUGGAAUGCCCAGAUGGCGAAGCUGCUGGAGACAAUCCGGAAGGACCGGAUACAGACUGUGGCGCUCGUGAGGCAAGAGGCGGCCAAACAGGAUCAAGGUGAGACUGGCGAGACAAACACCAUGGAUUGGGGAACCGUUGCCACAGCCUCUCAACAGCAGCAUGUUGGCAGUCUUGAGUCACAGGCCGUUGGGCUUCAGGUGAUUUCUCAGCGGGUCAUGGAACUAUUCGACGCGAUGGAUCCGACCGACGCUCAACAGCUGACUGCUUUCCUACCACAAUACUCGGAGCUGAUGGCGCGGCAAGCCCACUUUGGUGUGCGCCAGGUCGAGCAUCAAGAAGGUACCGUGCUGGGUCCAGAGGACCGGGAGCAAUUGGUGGAGUGGUCCAACUCUGCUGUGUCGGAUCGCCUACGAUCAAUGGACCGAAUUAAAAUGGCCAAGGUAGAAGAGGCGUUGCCCUGGUUGAUUAGUCGCUCCAAGGACAAUCAGGGUCCAGGUCAGGGAUUGGCGACACCAAGGGCGAUUGGGAACAGCAGCGGUACCUCAGGAUCUGAUGCGGAUCUCGACUUUUACCACGUUCAAGAAUCAGAUGGGGAUCAAGACUGCUUUGAGCUGGAUGAAUCGGACGAUGAUGAAGAUGACCCAGCGAACAAGUACUUUGAUGACAUGAUGCGGGAGGCUCAAGACGAGUACGGUGCAACUGACGAUGAUGACAAUGACAAGCAGGAUGGCAAGUUUAUAUCGUCGUCAAGUGUUGGAGCCCACAGGAACCCGCAGAACAUCCGCUCGGGCAACGACUCGAUCCAGCUCUCUCAGCUUUACAGUUCUCCCAAGGACGACUAUGGUGUUUUUGUCGGCAGUGGCAACUCGUCUCGCUAUGAGCAGCUCGAGAAGAUGCGUAGGCGAGGGUAA